AUGCUCCAAUUAGAAACAAAUACUAAGGCAAAGAUGGCAUCCUCCGACUCUACUUCUCUUGCUUUCCGUCCAAAAUUUCGAGCGAGUCAGACACCACCAGCUUCCACGCAAUUCAUGAUUGCGUUUCUCAGCAGUAAGUUAGCUGGAUCUGCUACUGACUCUGUCACUCUGUCGCGGGUUGAGGUGCAUGACUUGGUCCGCUGCCUUCAACGAACGACCGAGUCCGAAGCAGCAGCCAUCCAAGCCAGCAACCAAGAGCUGGUCGCGGCGAAGCAAGACCUCGCAACUUUGCGUGCACACUGUCGGUUAGGUGACUACGCAGGGGCGGUCUUCAACUACCUGAAGAACUCGACUCCCGACUUUCCAAAAGUUACGCGAGCCACGGAUCUGGGACCUCUCUUGCGCGGCAAAUGCUCUUCGAAGGCCGAUGCUCGGGCAAUGGAAGUACUCGAGAAGUCCAUGGUAAGACUGGCUGCGCAAGAUGAGGGUUUUCCGGGUCCCGAAGGAGCAAAGCUCGCAUGCUUGGCCUAUAGUGACAGAAAUUUGGUCUGCCACUCAGAGGCUGGAGCCCUGAAGAUAGCUCGCGAUUGGGAAGCCCUGGCCCAUCACAUCGACAAGGAUCUUCGGGCGCUGCCGGAUAUACUCCCCGAGGACCAAAUGAAGCACUUAGACAAGUGGGAGGGAAUUAUCGAGUUCUAUAGAGACAGGGCAAUCGUGAAGGGAGAGGAUGGUGGUUCUUUUCGGCCUUCGAGUGCUUGGACCACGGAUGGGCGCCGGAAAGGGCUUCGGUCCGAUCCGGAGGCUACGGGACACCGGAAAAGGGGGCCUUCGGGCUCUCUUGACGGCGAACCGCCAGCUAAAGUCCUGAAGUCGGAUGAUAAGGACAAUGACGAGAUUGUAAAUGACCCAUCGGAGAAUAGUGAGACCAGCCAGGAGAUCUCGGCGCUGUGGAAGGAUCUUCGUGAUGGUUUCAUCCAAAUAAUCGGACUAAAUCCGGAGAGGGCCUUGAAGGAGCUUGGUAACUAUCUCAAGCUCCAAGUAGUAACCAUUGAUACUUUGACAGGGAAAACAGAGACGAAAACGGGAAAGGAAUUGAAGAAAGAUAGGAGAGUCAAGAAGGUGGCGGAGAAUCUAUACUGUAUACUCCCCCACAUUCGUUUAGCCUCUGGCUUGGUUCACCUCUUCGUGGUGCCAGAGACUAGUAGCCACUAA